UUUGCCACAGAGUACAGACCAGUAAUCCGGGAUCAAAAAAAAUAAAUUUUGUUUUGUUUUGUGUCUUGUGAUAAGGGGUGAUAAAAUUAUUGAACACAUUGAAUAAACCUGUUAACAUGCUGUAAACUAAACAAUUACAUUUUUGUUUUAAAAUGGUUCUACUUCAAUGAAAAAUUAUAGUACUGUAACUUGGAGAAUAGUACAUAAUAUUUUUUAAUUUUUUAGUGUGAGCCAAUUACAGAAGUCCUGAGGAAGUCUUUUAUUUAUAAACUAAUAAUUACAGUUAUCCAUACUUCUCUAAUAAAUAAUAAAGGCUUAAAUUAUAAUAAGAGUUAUAUUGUUGCUAAAAUGGUUAUCAUAGCAAUUAAAAAUAUUCCACCUAAGAUGAAUUUGAAGGGGCUAGUGAAAAGUCUUGCCCCGAUAAUCAGAGGACACUUUGAGGCGUUAAAUUUCACACACAGCAAAAAUGGCAAAACUGCAUACAUACGUCUCGCAGAGAAGCUGUCUACUAAAGAUGUGAUAAACGCAAUUAAUGCCAAUAAGUUGAAGUGUAAUCAAAUGAUAGCAUUUGUACCAGAUACUGUGCCAAAUCUACCACUUGCGCAUACUCCAAAGACAAUUCCAACAAAGAUUCGACGAAAGCUGCAUAUACCACUCAAUGUUACAGCAAAAGAGCUCCUCUCCAAAUCACUAGAGAACAUAGUAAAAGAAAUGCAGAACAAGUUCGUAGGACUGUACCGUCUGAGCGAAUCUACUAAGCACCAGCUCCUGGAGACCAUUGGAAGGUCUUUAACAUUCCAGGUAGUAUAUCAAAGACUCAAACAAAUCGUAGAUGACCCAAUGCACACCACCGAGUCAGGCUUUCAACUGACAAAGAACUACCGCAAAAGAUAUCCACACCACACGGACUUCCAGUUCAUCAUCCAAACCCUUCACAGCGUCCAAGACUCAUUGGGCAGGAAGCGUACGAAUCCGCAAGAGAAACAAAUGACUACUUGCCCGCUGGGGUUUGGGGGAACGAGUGAAGCAUUACCCUUUGAUACAUUGAACACGCUGUGCCAGAACCACAUCGUCAGAAUAUCCCAGAAGCUAGUGGGUCAUGUGAAUGGAUUGGAAGUGAAGGAGGAGACGUCGACGCCCGAGGAAGCUGCGACGAUGAAGGUCCGGAAACACUUGAAGGAUCUAGCGCAGUAUAUACCCUCUAUGGUGCAGCAAGUGAUUACCAAGCAAUUGAUACCUGUGGAGGAUAGAUUUUGUGUAGUAAAGAUAUACGGAGAACCCUACCUGCCCGGCAAAGAUGCAAUGAUGCCGUUCAUCCGACAGUUCAGACCUACGAAUACUAUCCGCUCAGAGCACAUGUACAACUUAAUAUCCGUCAAAGUGCCCCGAGAGAUGCACUUGAAACUGCUCCAAGCCGAUGGUACCGUUCUGAAAAACGCUAAAUUGGUGAUAAGACCGACCAAGUUAUCCAUUUAUAAGGUGUCGAAAUACCUGACGGACGCGGCUCAUCUCAUCGAGCCAUUGCCUGCCGAGGAUCAGGGGACGACAGGGGACCAGGCAGAGGAAGCGGAUAUGGAGUGGUCUGAUUCAUGGUAGACCCUUAAAUAGUCGGCGGUUUUUAAAACUAAUUGUAGAAGAAAUAAUCCUUCUAAUAAACAUUUUUAAAAGUAA